CCUUGUUAUUGCAUGUCACGCCAGGAUUGGCUAAACCGAGCUAUGACGUUUUAACUUGGUUGGUUGGUUUACGCUUUCUUGGCAUUGGACAUUCUACUGUCGCAUGAAGAUGGAGAGUAGUUACGCAGUUCUUCUUAAAUUACUGGUGUUUUUUGUGUUGUGGUCACAUUUCGAGGGAAGAGAGACUGAGUAUAAAGAUGUCACCUGCGGUUCACUGGUAAAACUGAUGAACACCAGACAUAGCGUUCGUCUCCAUUCCCACGAUGUCAAAUACGGGUCAGGAAGCGGACAGCAGUCUGUCACUGGAGUCGAGAACGCAGAUGAUGGCAACAGUUAUUGGCAGAUACGAGGAAAGGCCAACCAUCCGUGUCAGCGUGGGACAGCAAUUAAGUGUGGUCAGCCUAUACGCUUCACGCACAUGAAGACUGGCCGAAACCUUCACACACACCACUUCAGCUCCCCCUUAUCUAAUAAUCAGGAGGUCAGUGCAUUCGGAGAGAAUGGCGAGGGUGAUGACCUGGAUGUUUGGACAGUGCAGUGUGAUGGUGUCCACUGGGAGCGCAAUGACGCCGUGCGAUUCAAGCAUGUCGGUACCAAUGUUUUCCUGAGUGUGACGGGUGAGCAGUAUGGCCCUCCCAUCCGUGGCCAAUGGGAAGUACAUGGCAUGACCUCACCAAACCAGCAUAACUGGUGGCAGGUGAUGGAAGGUGUCUUCAUCCAGCCAAGCCAGGAUCCACUCCACCAAUCAGCUCAUCACACUGAACUCUGAAAUCAAAAGCCGUGAACUUGUCCAUGGCUGUGCCUUGGUAAAUUAUUUCAUUUGAGUGAUGAUUGAUUUCUUUUUGUCUGUUUUCUCAAGGAAUUGUGAUAAGUUGUAGGUGGGGAUCAUUUGUAGAGAUGGGUUAUCCAAAAGCUAUACAUUUUGACGUUUUUGGUGAUGUGGCCGCUGUAUAUGCUACAUGCAAGGAUCCAUGAAAAUUAAAUCGUUUUUUAUUUUUUGUUUUUCUUCAGCUCGGGUGCUUUUUUUUUCUUAGAAAGUACAACAGACUUGAGGAUUGAGCACAGGUGUCCACCCCCGAACUACGCCUCCUGUCGUCCUGGUUGUAAAGUCAUUACGUUGACACACCAAGAAGUGGAGAUGGGUAGAUGACCAGCGACUCACUUUACAUGAACAAGGGUAGCCAGGUAAAUCUCCACAAACAUGUAUUGCCGGCAUCGGCUGAGACAUCUAUUUGUUGAUGUGUAACCUCCAACCGAUGUGAAUAUGCCAGUGGUGGGAAAAGUCCAUAAGAGAACAAAAGGUUCUGACGCAAUGAGUUCUUGAAGUGUUACUGAAAACUGCUGCUCAGAAGGAAAAAUAAAGCCCCAGUUUGAAUGAGCAA